UAAAAGUCGAGGCGGGAUUUGAACGCACCGGGAAGUAGAAAACCCUGACAGACUGAACUCAGGACAGCAAAGUCCCAACAAUCAGCAGCAGCUCUCUACGUCGCUUAGUGUGUUUAAACGUCACAUUCAGAAGUUGCCACGAAUACACAGCGGCAUGAUGUGGAAGUUAGUAAGCUGCGCACUGUGCUUCUUUGUCUCUGCACAGCUCAGUUUAUUUUCCUCUUGGGCCACAGCAGAUGAGCUGAACAGCGAGAUCAAGAUCGAGGUUUUGUUUAAGCCCGAAGAGUGCACUCAAAAGAGUAAAAGAGGAGAUCUGAUGAACGUUCAUUACGAUGGGUUCCUGGCCAAAGAUGGUUCCCAGUUCUACUGCAGUCGAUCGGACAAGGCUGGGCACCCUCAGUGGCUCGUGCUGGGCAUCGGACAAGUCAUCAAGGGCUUGGAUAUUGGGAUGAUGGAUAUGUGUCCUGGAGAGAAACGAAAAAUAACUGUUCCUUCUGGCCUGGCAUUUGGAGAAAAUGGCAAAGGUCCAGUGCCGCCCAAUGCUACAGUGAUCUUUGAGGUGGAGGUGUAUGCAGUGUCCAGGGGACCACGCAGUAUGGAAGCUUUCAUAGAGAUGGACCUUGACAAAGACAAAAGUCUCACAAAGGCUGAGGUAAGAGAAUAUUUACAACAGGACUAUGAAAAAAGAGGGAAGAAACAUGAUGAGCCAUUCUAUCAGAAGAUCAUGGAUGAUAUAUUUCGCAAGAGUGACCACGACAGAGACGGACUGAUCAGCGCAAAGGAGUAUAAUAUUUAUCAACAUGAUGAGCUCUAGUGUCAGACAUGGUCGAUCCUGGUCAUUUUUUAGUUUAGAGAAAAAACAUGACAAGGUAAAGGAAAAAUCCACCCUAAACUGUUCUCACUCUGUUACAACAGAUUUAUGAUUUUCAGUAAAUUCUGAGUCUUUUUUUUUUUUUUUUUCAACAUGCCUCAUCCCUUCUACUAAAGUAAUUUCCUGCUUCCUACCCAUACAUGCACUCUGGUCUGUAGAAGUAGCAAAGUCUAUCUAUCGCUUUCUCCUCUAGAAUUGAUUUCAUCAUAUCAUUUUUCAUCAGUUAAAUAGAAUGAAUAUCGUUUUUUUUUUUAACCCCUCUGUUGUGAAAAGACUGUAGCUGUGAAUAUCACAAUGGGACAUCACGUCGUCCAUGUUCAACUGGUUAUCCUUGACAAUGAUAUGAAAUCUCUCACAGGUUUUGCCCUUAACCUACUGCGACUUGGAUUGUAUUUCAGCAUCAGCCAAAUGAUUAAAUGUCACCUAAAUGGGCUCUAGAUUGCUGCAGAAUUGCCCCUAGAUGCUAUGUUAAAAAGUCUUGAAGAGUUCCAGGGUGGAUUUUUCCAGACAGACUGUGUUGAGGUUGAGGUGUUGAGUCCCCAACACAACUUAAACUAUGCAAGGAAGAACAUCUGCAGCACCUGUGAAAACUUGACACCACUAAAUUUUUUUUUGCGGCACCAUGAACAAACCACACAAUGUUGUGAAAUCAGUGGCUAUGAAACUGUAACAUGAUUGUCAUGUGAGAACUGAAACGAUGGUUUAAGCCGACACAAGAACAAACUUUCCCACCUCCCUGUGAAAUCCAGUCCAUACAAGGAGGCGACUGCAAUAUUUUUUGAAGACCAACAUUUUCUAAGCACUUCUCAGAAAGAAUGUCCACCAUAAACAAAUGUAAACAAAAUGAGAUGUGGCUGAUGAUUAAAUGCUCAUACAUACAUGUUGUGGUUUGUCAGAAAUGUUUUGUGCACCUUUUUUUUUGGUCAAAAUCAUGAUUAUUGUUGUGUUGAGGUAAACCAUUGUUAAAUUUAGUAACACAAUAAAUAAACCAUGUUAUAUGUGGAAAACUA